AGUGACUGCGGUUUCUUUGCGCAACCCCGCAGCCUGAGUUUCCUGCUGCCCGGGGUCGGGGAGGGGGUGCACAGGGGGACCCCUGUGUUGGGUCGCGGCCGCCCGCUAGCAGGGCGGGCAGGCACUCUCUUUAGGGUGCUUGCUGGCUGUUGUCUGGUUGGGCGCAUGGCGGGAGCUGGGGGCCUCGGUUUCCCCCCGUGUAGGGUAGACAUCCGGCGCUGGGGUGGCCAGAGGUGGCCUCAUGCAGACCUAACACACUCUCAGCCAGGCGGGAUCAUGGGCUGGGGAGCUGGAGGGAGCUGCACCCCGCGCCCACCCAUCCGCCAACAGACGGCGCCAGAGACGCGUGUGAUCACUGUGGUCUUCCUUGGCCUCCUGCUGGACCUCCUGGCCUUCACUCUGCUGCUGCCCCUGCUGCCAGGGCUGCUGGAGAGCCACGGCCGCGCCCAUGACCCCCUCUAUGGCUCAUGGCAGCGAGCUGUGGACUGGUUUGCCGCAGCGAUCGGGAUGCCAGCAGAGAAGAGGUACAACAGCGUCCUGUUUGGAGGUCUGAUUGGCUCGGUCUUCUCCUUUCUGCAGUUCCUCUUGGCCCCGCUCACGGGGGCAGUCUCAGACUGUCUGGGGAGGCGCCCGGUGAUGCUGCUGUCCCUGGCAGGUCUGGCCACCUCGUACGCCGUGUGGGCCGCCUCAAGGAGCUUCGCGGCCUUCCUGGCCUCCAGGGUAAUUGGGGGCAUCAGCAAGGGGAAUGUCAGCCUCUCCACGGCCAUCGUAGCUGACCUGGGCUCACCUUCCACCCGCAGCCGAGGCAUGGCAGUCAUCGGGGUGGCCUUCUCACUGGGCUUCACCCUGGGCCCCAUGCUUGGUGCCUCCCUGUCCGCGGAGACGGUACCCUGGCUUGCCCUGCUCUUCGCUGCCUCGGACCUGCUGUUUAUUUUCUGCUUCCUGCCAGAGACCCUGCCCCCAGAGAAGCGGGCACCCUCCAUCGCCCCCGGGUUCCGAGCUGCUGCAGAUCUGCUCAGCCCCCUGGCCCUGCUCCGUUUCUCGGCCGUGGCCCGCGGCCAGGACCCACCUGCUGGAGACAGACUCGGGAACCUCCGCCGCCUGGGCCUGGUGUAUUUCCUCUACCUCUUCCUGUUCUCGGGCCUGGAGUACACGCUCAGCUUCCUUGCCCACCAGCGCUUCCUGUUCAGCAGCUUGCAGCAGGGAAAGAUGUUUUUCUUCAUCGGCCUCACCAUGGCCACCGUGCAGGGUGCCUAUGCGCGGAGGAUCAGUCCUGGCAGGGAGAUUGCAGCCGUGAAGGGGGCCAUCUUGCUGCUCGUGCCGGCCUUCCUCCUCAUCGGCUGGGGGCUCACGCUGCCUGUGCUAGGCUCGGGGCUGCUGCUCUACUCCUUCGCUGCCGCGGUCGUGGUGCCCUGCCUGUCCUCUGUGGUUGCCAACUAUGGCUCACCUGGGCAGAAGGGCACGAUCAUGGGCACACUGCGGAGCCUGGGCGCCCUGGCCAGGGCGGUGGGACCCCUUGUGGCUGCCUCAGUAUACUGGCUGGCAGGGGCCAGGGUCUGCUUCACCGUGUGCUCUGGCCUCUUCCUGCUCCCCUUCCUGCUCCUGUGGAACCUGAGGCCUCCAGCCCACGCGCUCAAGGCCGAGUAGCUGAGCCAGCCCCACCCAAGCUGGGGGAGAGGAGGCCCGGGGAUGUGACCCCCCACCCCGCCCCGCCUUCCCCUGGGCCCAGACCGGGACAGCCCAGGGCCUGAAGCCCCAGAGGGCCCGAGACACUCCCAGCCCCUCCCUAGGUGUGGACGGCCCUGCCUGUCGGGCUGGGAGCAGUGACUCCAAAACCUUCCAGGCUUUCUGUUGGCUUCUCUCAGCGACACAGGCUCGGCCAGGCCUCUGAAUGACAAAAUAAAGCAGCUAUUUUGUAUCUAG